ACGCGUUGUCCACCAUUUAAUAAGAGUAGAAGCGUGACUCUUUUACACUAGAUGUAAAACUCUGCGCAGAGCAUCAACAGAGCGUUUGUGCUGCUCAUCAUAUCAGAUAAUUGUGUAGUUAGACUGCCAAUCCACAUCUCCCUGGCCUUAUCCCACUCACGUCGGCGCGCCAAGUUUUAUCAAUUUUUGCGACCGGCCGCCUGCCUGUCGCCAGCCGUGUUUGAUAAUGGCGGAGAGACGACUUGGAGCUGACGAUGUGCGAGUUACAAGCGAUUAAAUGGCAGGAGACAGCACAGAUCAGACGGCGUUGGCGACCUCUUGUGUCGGUCAAGACCUACUUUGCGUCGCUACGCCAGCGAGGCAGGACAUCAGUCAACAAAAAGACAAAAAAUGCAGCCCGUUUGUGGAACAAACGAUGGGGGUUUUACACUCAGAUACGAGAUAUACAAGAAGAGGAAGCUCAAAAAAUAGGCAUGAGUGUAGAGGAGUACCGCGCUGCUCUGCGCUCAUUGAGCUGCAAGCCUGUGGAGCAGCAACCGGUGCACAUCGAGCCCAGUCCGACGGCGCUACCCCUUACAUCCUCAGGUGUAAUAGGCCGCCGGGCGCUUUGUCCACUCGACUGCUACGGACCUUUAGUAAAAACUGGGCGCAAUUACCCAACGAGACCGCCACUACCACCGGGACAGAUCUACGAUCCAUAUAAACAAACUAUGAUUUUCUUAGGGGGAGGAAUCGGCGACCCCAUAUCCUACAAGCUGCCAGUGGCUCGUUCUGAGGUCACCGAUGAGAUGUGGACACGACCCCAACAACUUACCGUCACGCAGUUUGAUUUCUUAUAAUUUUCUUUUACUAUGAUUCUUAUGAAUUAAUAAUCAUUGAAGAAAAAAAGAGAACACUUGUGAUCUUUUACUUGUGCUAGUCGACAUUAAAGGUCAUUGAGUUGUUCCAUCAAUAAUCUUAAUCACACAUAAUGUGGAAAAAAUUCACCAGAUAGUGAAAUCAUUUGCUGCCCUCUAAGUUGAAAAGGUAAUUUAAAAUUUUUUGUAUAAUUUUUCUUUUUGGAUUACAUAUUAUA